CCGCCCCCUUCUUCAGGGUGAGCCAGGCAUCAACGCAGGUCUUGGCCCGGGGCUUAGACGUAAUCAAUUUAUGCGAUCGCGCAUUGCCGCACUUGAUUGGCUUCUCCGUCACGUCACGGUGGUUGCGUCAUUUAGACGCGUGCGUGUUUUGAACGCGUCGCCUGCAUCGUCGUCUUCCACUUCGUCCUUCCUUAUCUUGAGUGGUGAUUCCUUUCACCAGGACCAUCAACCAUCAAACACCGACUUCUCUUGCAUCCUUACUAGCUACGGUUCAAUUGCUCGCUGAGAAAAGACCCCGACAACGGCUCUGGUGAUUGCGAUACUCUGGUAGGGACGAGACACUCGAGCACGCACGCGAUGCUUCUUGAGCUGCCAGAAGGAAUCACUUCAGACGCAUAUCACCCAAUCGAGACGAUGGUACCAUGACGGGGCUUGCAGCUAUGACGCUUGUGGAGGACGACCAACAGUCUCCCCUCUCCAACCCUUCACGACCUUUUAUGCCCUUGCACGACCAAGAAGAGCUUUGUUCGAUUCUGCUCCGCCUCUCUUAACCAAAUCCGCCGUCGACCCGUGCGAAAGGGCCCCUCGACCGUCAUGGAAGGUUUGGACUGACAUGGCAAUGCGUGGGCUUGCGCGCCCUCGA